CAGUACUAAAGCAGAGAGCUACAGCUGCAGAGCUAAAACGGAAUAAAAUGUCAACCACCAAGGAGAAAGUGAUCGUGCUAGAGACUGAAAGAAGAGACAGUGAAAAGGCAAAAUAAGAGACAAUCUUCACAGUUCCUGCCUGGUACUGCUGGAUUAACUGAUCUUCAUAGCUCUUUGAUACCUGCAACCUGAAAGCAGAACCAGUCAAUAAUCUUACUACAGAAAAUGAAGCUAUUCUGAGAGAUUGCCAGAAAUGCACGCUCAGCAAAGAUUCUGGUAGAGGGAUAGAGAACUGAGCUAACCUGAAAGGAAGCUUUACGGUCUCCAACUGCCUUGUUACCUGCUCUGAUCAGAUGAUGGAGAGCUCAGGAGGGCCAUAUCUGAACACAGCAGCAGUGGCAUCCCCGGUGGGAGUAGCUCGUUUGCUGCAGGUGGCAUUUGGAUGUACUACGUUCAGCCUGGUGGCCCAUCAGGGGGGAUUCAGUGCAGCCUAUGGCACCUUCUGCAUGUUCGUAUGGUGUUUCUGUUUUGCUGUCACCAUCUUUAUAAUAACCUGUGAGUUCACUCAUCUCCACAGCUGCCUGAGCAUCUCCUGGGGAAAUUUCACAGCUGCCUUUGCCAUGCUGGCCACACUCAUGUCCAUCACGGCGGCUGUGAUCUACUCGCUCUAUUUUGCCCAGUUUGGCUGUUAUUCCAUCAGUUGCAAGGUGAGAGAUUUCCGCAUAGCAGCCAGUGUCUUUGCAGGGCUCCUGUUCAUUGCUUAUGCUGUGGAGGUGUUUCUAACCAGAGCCAAGCCAGGACAGGUGACCAGCUACAUGGCCACAGUAUCUGGUCUCUUGAAAAUUGUCCAGGCCUUCGUGGCCUGCAUCAUAUUUGGGGCACUGGUAAAUGACAAUCAGUACAGCAAUUAUGUGGCUACACAAUGGUGUGUGGCUGUCUAUAGCUUCUGCUUUGUGGUGACAGUGGUGGUAGUGGCCUUCAAUGUCACAGGAAGGACAGCAAUGCUGCGGUGCCCCUUUGAGCGUUUCGUGGUCAUUUACACAUUUGUGGCCAUCCUCAUGUAUGUGAGUGCAGCAGUGAUCUGGCCGGUGUUCUGCUUUGAUAGUAAGUAUGGGUCCCCAUGGCGCCCCUACCAGUGCUCCCAGGGCAAAUGCCCCUGGGACAGCCAGCUGGUGAUUGCUAUAUUUACUUAUGUGAACCUGGUGCUUUACACUGUGGACUUGGCAUACUCCCAACGCAUCCGCUUUGUCUCACACCUUUAAACUCCAGUGCUGCCUCUGCAAAGCCAUAGGGCUCAAGCAACAACAGAGUCGGGAAUCAGUUGGAGACAGGUCAUAAAAAGUAGCUGCUGAGCCAGACACACUAAUAAAUGAAACAAACUUCAAGAUUAAUACAAGACUAGUAAAUGAACAAUCUGUAAUGGGUGGGCAGCAGAUGAGUUGGGAAAGAAGACAACAACCUUUCUUACCCCUCAACAUUUGCUUCAUCCCUUCUGUAUAGGGAAAACGAAUAAGACAGCAAACUGGAUAGUAUCCCAGCAUCUCCACCAAACAUGAACAUCUGCUGCAAGAGUGGCUCUGUAUGCCACUGGAUUAUCAGGCCAAAUAUUAAGCAGGGAUCAGUGAGGUCUUGGGACUGCUACCAGCACUGAACUCUAACCUAGAAGUGACUGUAUCCAGGGAAGACUGAGGAGUUCAGAGACAGCACCAGCUCUAGAACAGAAUGAGGAUCCUUCAAAAUCCCAGACAUUUGAUGUUAUUUCUGUUAUGGUGAGAUAUUCAUUGCUUGUAAAUAUGGGAGGUUCUAGCCAAAAUAGGUCUGAAGAAGAAAAAUAUUACAGCAGUUACGCUGAUUAGAAGACUAGGAGGCCCCUCACUUGCCCACACAUAGUGUGGAAUAAGCAUAGUCUUGUGUAUGUGCCAGGUUGGAAAGGUUAGGGAUAUUCUUGUUAAAGAUAUUCUGAGCCAUUACAGAUGCUCAGCCUCAUGGGGGAGAGGGGGAAAUGCUUACAUUGUUAAUGGAUCUAGCCAAUCUUCUCAGACCAGAUUAAAUUUCAGGACCUCCUAACUCUCUGUGCCCACCUAACUGUCCUUUGCUUUACCUGCCAGCUGCACAGCCACCUCCCUAAUUCUUCUUCAGCAAACACCCUCUCUGGUCUCCUAUAGCAUGGCUCAGGAUUUCAGGAUUAUUCCCAAUGGAAAUUGCUCUUCAUCCUAGGGAAUUCCCAAUCCAGCAAGAAACCAAAGCAGUUUGUUUUUAUUCAGAUACUUGUACAGAAUGUGUGUGAAUCUAAUAGGUCAGAUUAGAAAACGCAAAUAAAAAUGACACAUUGUCAAAAGUAACUGUGUUUAAUUUGAAAUAAAGCCAUAUAGUAACCUUACAAUGCACACACCCACACAGAUCCAUACAUUCCCACCUUCCCCUCCCUAGAUACAGCCUCUCCAACUUCACCUUUCCCACCAAAAAUACACCAGCAGACACUCCUCUUCUAUCCCCCCACCCCAAAAAAAUCCCACCUUAUCUUCCCCAGACAGCCCCCCCCCCCAACACAGAUUUCCACACAUACCUCCCCCCUGGAAAAGCACAGCCUAUGGUUUAUUUUUAAUGUAUAAAGUGUGUGCUAUCUAACAUGACUCAGGAUGGGAGUACAAAAUCUAAUAGUUAAGUCCACUGAGCACCAUGUUCUGCACGAGGGUCUCUAAAGAUCCCAGCUGUUCUCUCUCUCAGAAGAAGGUGCAAUCUGGAAGGAAGGAACCAUUUCACAGUAUCUCAAUAUAGAUCAUGGAGUUUGGGCAGCUAAAGAAAAACUAUAUGGGAGAUAUUGGGUGAUUCUGCAGCUCUCUCUCCAGGUUAGAAGCAAACAUUUUGGCUAUGAACCCCAGGGACAAGCUUUAUCAAGCCCAAGAGAGAGAGCUGCUCCCACAGUCAAACAAGAAAAUGCAUGAAAGACCUUUCCCAAGAGGGUUUUCACCACACUAGGGAGCAGUAGACAAAAGCCUGACAGGGUAUUUUCCUCCUGCAUGGAUUCCCAGCUUGGACUGGAGCUCUAAAAGGGAGUGAGUGGCUCUAUUGGAAGGCAUCCAACUACAUGGAGCCAGCCAGCUCAAUGGGACAGUAGUAAUAGAAAGAGACCAAAACUAUGUAGCGUGGUACUCGAUAAUUAAGGGUGUUUUAUGGAUUGCAUUAAUAAACAUUGACUGUGGAAGUGCAUUUAUCUCUCUUAAUCAAAAGUGGACAAAAGUAGUCAUGGUACAUAACUAUUCA